AUGUUGGAAAUUCUGAAUUACAUGAUAUUUCAUUUUCUGAACCAAAAAGUAAUAGGAUUAAACACAAAAGGAUUAAAACUUAAAAUAAUGUUACUUUUUCUUUUAAUUGAAAAUGGAAAUACCACCUAAGUUGUUUACAGUAAUUUUUUUGACAAUCCCCUCAUUUAAAUUAAUGGUAUUUUAUCAGUAAAAAUAAUAAUAGAUUGGCUCAAAAUUUCUAAAGAUUCAAAUUAUGAUUUUUUGUUUUAAUCUUGUGGGUCUGCAAACAUUUUAUAUAUUGACAAUAAAAACACAUAAUAUAAUGUUCUGAUUCAUAGAUCAUUUAGCUUAAAUCCUCAUGAUGAAGUCAUUAUUGAAUUUAAGCUUUGGAAGUAUCUAUUUAAAUAAAUAAUUUUUAGAAUCGAUAAUUGGAUUGAUAAUUAAUUCUUAAUAUAUGUAGAUAAUGAAAUCAUCUUAGAUUAACUUUACUCUUGUUCAUUAAGUGCAAUCAAUGUAUGUCGUGAUACAUAAAAAGAUGAAGUUACUAUGAUUUCAAAGCGUAUUUUACAUGAUCGCCCUUCAAUCUAAAUUGUAAUAUUUGCUUAGAAUGGAAAAUGGGGGAUUUCAGAAUUCAUAUUAAGUAUAAGAGAAUUUAAUAGUAUUAAAUCAUGCGAUUUUAAUUAAUGUUUUGAUUAAAGGAUAAUUUUAGAAUCAUUAACUUCUAUUCUCAUAUCAUCGAUUAAUAUUUCAGAAGGAUGGAAUGACUUAGGUUCAACUUCGAGUGUGAUAGAUUUUUGUCAUGGUAAAUUUAUAAAUAAAUUAGACCUUUAUUACCAUAAAUCUUAGAGCAAUUCAUUUGAAAAAUAAAUUUCGUUAGAUUUCCAUGUUGCUAUUAGUUUAAAAUUAAAAAUUAUGAUUUUGAAUUCUGGAACUACAACAAUCAUUCUUAAAAUUGAUGACAUUAUUGUACAAUAAUGGUUAUAUAAAUAAAAAUGGAUAAAUUAUGAUCACACUGAUAUAAAUUUUCAAGGAUUUUGGUAUCAUUAUACAUAAACAAAUGUUAAUAUUGUGAAUUAUGCUCAUACCUAACCUUAAAUAAAAAUCACUAUAUAAACUUCAAUGAAUGCAGUUUAUACACCUUGGGCUCCAUGGUUUGGGAUUCGAGAAUUUUAAUUAUUUACUAUACUUCAAAAUUUAAAUUAUAUUUGUAAGGAUAAAAAUAUAAACGCUUUUGAUGGAUGUUUUUCUUUCAUUUAUGAUUGUGUUUAGGGUUGUAUGAAUUGUAUAAACGGUAUUUGUGUUAAUUGUUUAAUGGGAUGGCAAUAUAUUGAAAUUAAUAAUAGCUGUAUUCCAAUUUGUGGCGAUCUUAUUUUAACAUAAUAAGAGGAAUGUGAUGAUGGAAAUGAAUAUCCUUAUGAUGGAUGCCAUAAUUGUAAAUUUUCUUGUCCUUUAAAUUGUAAUAUAUGUUAAUUUGGAUAAUGUUUAUAAGAGAAUAAUUCACAUUAAAUACAAUAUUCAAAUGUAUUCAUUCUAUUUCAUUUAGUUUCUAUUUGAUUUUAAACCAAACGUCAUUUUAUAUCAUAAUUAAUGUAAACAGUCUUAUUAUGAUUUAGAAAAGGAUGGCGAUUUUAAAAACUUUGAAUGUUAUUUAUAAGGAUAAAAUUUGGUAGCAGAAUUAUACUAAAAGAUUUUUAUUGAAUCAAUAAUUAUGUAGUAUCCAAUUUUAGAGCAAUAUAUUAUUAAUUAAUUAAAUUAAAUAAAGAUUUAUUAAUGUAAAUAAAAUGGUUUAGAAACAUGUUAAGAUUGUGAAAAUGGUUUUAUAUUGAGUAUAAAUCAAAGAGAAUGUGUUCCUCAAUGUGGUGAUGGAAUUGUUUAAGAUUAUGAAAUCUGUGAUGAUUAAAACAAUUUACAAUAAGAUGGAUGUUAUAAAUGUUAAUAAAGUUGUUAAUUAGAAUGUUUAUAUUGCAUCAAUGGAGAAUGUUCGAUAUGCUUUGAUGGAUGGUAAUUAAUCAAUAAAACUUGUUAAUAAAUAUGUGGAGAUGGAUUGUUAGCAAUUUAAUCUAAUGAAUAAUGUGAUGAUGGAAAUUAAAAUGAUAAUGAUGGAUGUUUCUAAUGUUUAUUUGAAUGUGUACCAUAUUGUUUAUAUUGCAUUGAUCAAUAUAAUUGUUUAAAUUGUUAAAAAUAUUUUGAACUCGUGUAGAACUCAUGUAGACCCAUAUGUGGAGAUUCAUAUAUAGUAGAAGGAUUGGAAGAGUGUGAAGAUGGAAAUUAAAUUGCUAAUGAUGGUUGCCAUAAUUGUUAAUUUCAAUGUGAAAUUGAUUGUAUAACAUGUAUAAAUGGAAAAUGCAAAGAGUACUAGAAACUAGAAGAACCUUAAAAAAAUGAUACAGAACCAAUAAUAUAAUAAAUAGAUUAAAUUUGUAAUGAAGGAUGCUUAUAAUGUUUAGAAGAAAAAUGUUAAUUAUGUGAAUAAUUUUCAACUCUUGAGAAUGGCUAAUGUAUUAAAUGUGGUAAUGGAUAUAAAUCAAAAGAUGAAUUAUGUGAUGAUGGAAAUACUUUAAAUAAUGAUGGAUGUUCAAAUAAUUGCAAUAUUGAAUAAGGUUGGGAUUGCAAUAACAAAAACAAUCAAUUUAGUCAAUGUUAUAAAAUAGCUUUGCUUUCUAUAAAUUUCUUAAAUUAAUCAUCUAAUACUUAAUAUGUAACUUUAACAUAUACAAAGAAAGUUAAAUUGAAUGAAUCUAACUAAAUUUUCUUAGAAGCAUUAUCAAUAUUUAUUCAAGAUAUCAACUCAAAUUAUUUUAAUUUAACUAUUGAACCUGUAACUGAAAUCAUUUUUGAAUCAGUAAGAGAUAUUAACUAUAUUAUUGAAAUCACUUUUCUUGAAAAGAUAGAAUACUAACCUAAAUUGAUAGUUUCUAUGAAUACAGUAUUAUUGGAUGAGAACGAAAUCAUAGUUCCUACAAGUUCUACUGAUAUUGAACUUAGAAUACCUUAAGUUAUGGAUUCAUUUUAAUUGCAAAAUACAUAAAGAUUGUAAGCUGUUGGAUAGAGAUUAAUGAUGGGACUAACUGGAUUUGGAGUAUUAUUAUUAAUAUUUGGAUAAUUAGCACAAUUUUUGGAAAUUCUUGAUAUUUUAUAAUAUCAAUCUUAUCUUAAAUUCAUAAAUAUCGAAUACCCUUUAAAUUUGUAGAUUUAUUUUUAAGCAUCAGAUUUUGUAUAAUUAAAUAAUAUCUUGA